AUGAAUGCAGCAUUACUAGUGGUAGAUAUGCAGGAGGAUUUCUGCCCACCGGAUGGAUCACUCGCGGUACAAGGGGCUCGCUCCAUUGCACCACUCAUCAAUACCUUGCUCGCCAACCCAGGCUUCCUGAUACGCGUAGCCUCGCAAGACUAUCACCCCCCAAAUCAUGUAUCCUUUGCGAGCAAUCAUCCCGAGCCUAACAAUCGCCCCUUUGAGUCCGUCUUCCAGAUGACCAAUCCGGCGCCUGGGAAGGGAAAUGAGAUCAAGGAGCAAAGGCUAUGGCCCGUUCAUUGUGUUGCAGGGACCAAGGGGGCCUCUAUCAUCCCUGAGAUUGACAGCAGUAAGAUUGACCUGCUCGUGAAGAAGGGAAUGGAUCCGCGCGUGGAGAUGUACUCUGCCUUCUCUGAUGCGUUUGGCAACCUUGACCCAGCCGUUCAUGCUCAGUCCGUGGACGUUGAUCUCAAAGCAGUGCUGACAGAAAGAGGCAUCACACAUGUGUUUUCAGUCGGGAUCGCUGGUGACUAUUGUGUCAAAUACACGGCUAUGGAUGCCGCGAGGGGAGGAUUCAAAAGCUAUCUUGUCGAGGAUGCGACCAGAAGCGUUGAUCCUGAUGCAGGAUGGGAGGAGGCCAAGCGAGAGUGUGAAGCAGCGGGAGUAACAAUCAUUCGAUCGGAUGGCCCUGAGAUUGCGGCUCUCACUGCGUCUUAG